GUAUAGCUGUACAACCUCAAGUCACUAAAGUAGCCCGCCUGUUACACUGAGCUGUGUCUGUGUCUCAAUGACGCUGUAUUGAGUUUAUUUUCAAGGAGUAGUCGUUUUUGUUGUUGCUGUGGAGCACUGUGUUGUUAGGCUUAGUGUUUUUAGUAAUCAUCUGUCUACUUAGUUAAUUUUCUUGAGGUCUGCUCUAUAGUCAUAGUUUUGGUAUUGUUGUUGUUGUUAUCAUUGCUAUUAUUAUCAUUAAUAUUAUGAAUUGGCACAUAAUAUUGUUUCUUUAAUUAUUUUUCAUUAGGCUUAUUUCUACUGUUUUUCUUAUGUCUUUUUUAAUGUUUUGUUCACUUUGAACAAAAGUGUCUGUUAAGUACUAUAUCCAUAUCCAUAACCAUGUUACCAUUUAGAAUAUAAAUUAUUACAUCAGUUUAUUCAAGUAUGUUAUCAUUUUACGAUGCAUAGGUAACUCAUUUAAUCAAUGUAUUAGAUUUCUUCUAAUUGAUUUAAAUUGAAAUUUUUGUUUUCUUUUCAUCUUAUCUUUUGCACUUCUAUUGGUAGAUUCCAUUAUAUUGGCAUAUUGGUAUUUUGGCUAUUAAGUAAAGGAUAAUGUAUAGUCUGCCGAUCAGUCUUUAAAAAUGUAUCCCAACAGGACAGACAGAACCCUGGCACGCAGUGAAACUUUUUUGCAGCAUUCUGAGGAGCCGAAUAAUAAACAAACUUAAAUCAUUUUAGAUUUUCAGUUAUUUUACUAUCCAGAGCCAAGCAUAGCUUCAUUAGCCUUUUGCUGUAUGAGUAAAGCACAUUAUUUACUACACUAGUAACAAAAACAUAAAAAAUUACAGUAUUGAGAAUGGAAUGCGAAGAGGAAUGUUUCUGGAUGCUAUUCAUUUGCAAGUUGAACUCAACAGAAAGUACUGAGCAGAAAGCAUCAUGCAUUAUUAUACAGCUCUUCAGAAUGCUGAAGAAAGUUCCAUCCCAACGUCUGGAGGUCCGAUAUUUUUUGAUAAUGACUGCAGAAAAAAAUGAAUGUCCUGUCAGAAUUUAUUUUUCAAGAAUGACCGGCAGACUAUACAUUAUCCCUUACUUAGGGGCAUUCUCCAUUUUGUUGUUAUUUUGACAACAAAAGUGGCUUGAGGACGUGCACACUAAACAUUUUUUCUGAGCUGUCACUCACCACAUUUUGCAGAAGUAAAAACAAUUUGCUGAUGAUUAAGAAACAGAAACAGAACUAAUCUAGACUACACUGAACUGCCAAAUUCUCAUCAGUGAACAUUCAUUUUGAGCACAACAUGAACACCUCCGGUACCUCCAACCCUAAUGACACGACAAUGGAUGAGUGGUCCAUGGCAAGUAUCCGUGUGGCUUGUGUGAUCCUGAGCCUGUCCUUCAUGGUAGGGGCUCCUGGAAAUCUGCUAGUGAUCUGGACCAUCCUGAAGCAUGUCAAGAAGCGCUCCCACACAGUGGUGCUCAUCCUCCAUUUGGCAAUCGCAGAUCUCCUGGUGCUCAUCACCCUGCCCUUGUGGAUCUACUCCUUGGCAAAUUCCUGGAUCUUUGGACAGGUCAUGUGUAAGGCCACGGCCUAUGUCGUGAAUGCUUGCAUGUACAGCAGUGUGUUCCUGCUCACCAUUAUGAGUGUAGAGCGCCUUGUGGCCAUCCGCUACCCCUUCAAGAUGCUCGGCCUGAAAAAUGUGGACAUGUUGAAGAAAUGUUUGGGAGUCAUGUGGUUCUCGGCAUUCCUUUUAGGAAUUCCAGUCAUCCUGACCCUUUAUGUGGACAAGAAUGAUGAUGGUACUCCUCAGUGCGCUUUCAAAAAAUUCACCUCUGUGAGCGAGCUGUUUUGCGUCUGCCUGGAAACUUCCAUGGGCUUUGUGAUUCCGUUUUCCAUUUUGGCCAUCUGUUACUGUCAAGUGGCCAGGGAGCUAAAGCAGAUACGUUCAACUGCCAAACGGAGGACAACAGUUCUGAUCAGCAGUGUGGUGUUGGCCUUUGCCCUUCUCUGGCUUCCUCAUCACAUCCUCAACAUCACUGAUGUUAUCAUCCUGUCAACUGGCAUCUCUGAACCAACCUACAAAGAAUUUAUUGUGCACAUCGCAGGCGCAUUGGUCUUCAUCAGCAGUGCAGUGAACCCAGUGCUGUAUGCUUUUGCAGCGCGAAAUUUCCAGGGUGGACUUAGGAAUUCUGGCUUUGUUAAGCUAUUCCUUGACGUAGCCUCCAAUUCUUUGAAAAACAAACGUACUUUAAGAGUAGGAGAGGUUCAAGACAGCACAACACAAAGUGAACUAUAAUAUAUGUAAUAGGCUACAUACAAUAGCCUACAAUACCAUACAAUAAGAUAUCAUUUAUGUUAUGCUUUGAUGUAGCUGUAGAAUAGGAGCAUGUAAAUAUAUGAAUGACAUGUGAAGUUGAAAUUAUGAUGGUGUAAGAACUUUUAGAAUGUUGUUCAUUAAAGAUU